AAAGGCCUGAGUGAGAGGGUAUCUCACACUUGUCAAGACACAAGCUACAAGGACAACAAAUGGAAAUACUCUCAGACGACGAUAUCCUUUAUUCUGUGCUAGGCGGACUCCAACCUGGCGGGACAUGUCUUUCCUGGAUUGCAGGUUUGAUUACAUGCGAAGCCCUACGAUUGACUCAGCGUUUCGACGAUAACACAUCAUGGGACAAGCGUUUUUUUGUUUACUUCAGCUUGCUCAUGUCGGUUACGUUAGCAGGUCUGUUUGCGGCAAUGCUAUAUCAUUAUUGCAUCGAAAGCUAUGGAAACUAUCGGAGUCUCCUGCAGGUUACUACUGUUGUUCGCUGUCAUUACAUAUUUGGCCGGGUCGCCACUUGUGGAGGAUACUCAUUCUAUGCACAUUCUGUGUGGGCCUCUACGCUUGGAAAAGUCAAGAUUUGCAAAGUACCAAUCGUUAAAGUCUUCACUGCGCUGCUCAUGGCGGGCCUAUACACCGUCGUUAUCCUUGGAAUCCCCCAGGCAUUCACUGUGCCAACCUUCCAAACAGUUGCGGAGCAUGGAUCUUCCGGGCUAUGGGGUCGUGUGGUUCAGUUGAUUUGUGGAAGUUUCUUAACCUUGCUGAGGGCUUACGAUCUUGCACAAUCUAAAGCAGUUCGACAAAUGCUCGCGACCAACAAUGAUUCACUCCGCUACAUUUCCAGUGUUCUCUGUCUGGUGUGCCAAACGGCAAUCUUCACCACACUCUUUGAAGUGAUCUCGCUGUGUCUGCGCAAUACGAAAGGAGCUGGAAUCGGCUACACCAUGAUGUCUCUGAGCGCCGAAGUGCAUUUAUUUGGCCCGAUUAUGGCUAUUAGUGCCACGCUGCAAGAAGACUUUUUGGCCGAACAGGCAUCGACCUGCUCAGUAGGCAAGAGUGAAUGCAAGGCAGCAGCCCCCCCAACCACCAAGAGACUCACUUUCCAGACGCAGGAAAAAAGGUUGAUGAAGGGGUAUUAAGCUAUCAAGAAGGCCGGGCGUGGGACAUUUUGCAAUCUGCUUUUGUUUUUGUGCAGUUUCUAGUGGUCAGGGUGCCACCCGUCAAAAUAAUCAUGUGUUUAUUAGUUCUGGAAACUUAUGUCAGAUGCUCUUUGUCAGACAGUAAAACUGUUGCAUAAUUAAUGUUGAGACUAUGUAGUUCCCUCAAAUUCCAAGCCUAGACGCACUCACUGAGAGCCGAGUAAAGGAAACCUAAGGCAAACACCAUAUGACUGAGAGGCGAUAGACGGUAACAUUACAGAGCCAUUUUUGAAACUGG